UUGUGAAGUGUGAACUUUGCUUGAAGCGGGCAAGAAUUGAAAUGCGUGUUGACGUUUAUGACAUGUUAUCCCAAUGUUGUGAUGGGUUAUACGACGUAUGUUGUAGCUUGUUUGUUGGCUAUUGUUCCAAUGAUUGGGGAUUUUGUGGUUAGUGCAAGUGACAACCGAUUAGCCAAGUCAUUAUCAGACAAUUUAACUCAUGGAGUAAUUGGUUUUUUAACAUGGUUGUUGGUGUGCGUUCAUUAUGCACACGUAUCAGCCUACGUUUCAUUAGCUGAGUCUGCUGCUUGUUGUUUGGCAGCUUCUGCAAUUGAUGUUGAUCAUUUUGUAGCAGCAAGAUCCGUGUCUCUUGAGAAUGCUUUACAAUUGAAGUCUCGUCCAUUCCUGCACUGCACAUCAAUACCAUUGUUAGUUUUUGGUAUAGGAGUAGUUGUUGGUUAUGUACUGAAAUACUCUAUGAUGAAAAGAUAUUCAUGGUUACUUAUUGCAGCAUUACUCAGUCAUCACAUUAGAGAUUCUACUAGACGGGGAUUGUGGCUUUGGCCCUGCGGUACAACUUACCCAUUACCAUAUUAUUUAUAUGUAAUUAUUACUGUACUGAUACCAUUCUUAAUUGUAGCUGGAAUGAAACUGACAGAUACCACUUACAAUUAUGAUACAAUAAGUGUAUAGUACUGGUUAUCUAGUUCUAGAAGAGAUUUGUUACACUGUUAUAAAACUUUGAUAUCAAUACUAAUGUCCAGAAUUGCAGAC